AUCGUCUCUAUGCAAUUCCCUCUUCCUAUCUUCCUGUGAUCUUUCUUUCUAUCGACAGACCAGAGAUAUACAUUAAUUUGCGGACCAACAAAUAACAGGCAGGUUUAAAUUAAGAUGCCGAGUACCGCCUCCAGAGAAGAGGAGGCAAAGCUUCCCCUCCUGUGGAAACCCGGGCCAGUCGCCGCCGCAGAAGAGGAGGAAGAAGAGCAAAGCCUCGGAAGAAGAGUCCUGAUCGAGUCGAAGAAGCUAUGGCACAUAGUUGGGCCCUCGAUAUUCAGCCGAAUCGCAUCAUACUCGAUGCUCGUCAUCACCCAGGCCUUCGCUGGCCACCUCGGUGAUCUUGAGCUUGCCGCCAUCUCCAUCUCCGUGAACGUUAUCGUCGGGUUCGACUUCGGACUCCUGCUAGGAAUGGCCAGUGCUCUAGAAACCCUUUGUGGCCAAGCCUUUGGGGCGAAGAAGUACUACAUGCUGGGAGUGUAUAUGCAGCGUUCGUGGAUCGUGCUCUUCGCAUGUUGUGUCCUCCUCUUGCCUCUCUACACAUUUGCUUCCCCAUUCCUUAAGCUCCUCGGGCAGGCCGAUGACUUGGCGGACCUUUCGGGGCUCGUCUCCUCGUGGCUCAUCCCUCUCCACUUCAGCUUCGCAUUCCAAUUCCCCCUACAAAGGUUUCUGCAGAGCCAGUUGAAGACGGCCGCGAUAGCAUGGGUAUCCCUAUUGGCCCUUCUAGUGCACGUCGCCGUGAGCUGGCUCUUCGUGUACCAGCUCCAGCUCGGGGUGGUGGGAACCGCCGUGACCCUCAACUUCUCAUGGUGGGUGCUGGUGUUUGGCCUCCUGGGCUACACCGUCUUUGGCGGGUGCCCCCUCACUUGGACAGGCUUCUCCUUGGAAGCUUUAGCCGGAUUGUGGGAGUUUGUUAAGCUCUCCGCUGCUUCUGGGAUCAUGUUAUGCUUGGAGAACUGGUACUACCGAGUACUGGUUCUGAUGACCGGAAAUCUGAAGAAUGCAGAAAUAGCCGUGGAUGCUUUGUCGAUAUGCAUGACGAUCAAUGGGUGGGAGCUGAUGAUUCCAUUUGCAUUCUUUGCUGGCGUAGGGGUACGAGUUGCAAAUGAGCUCGGUGCCGGGAAUGGGAAAGGCGCUAAGUUCGCGACCAUAGUUGCAGUGGAAACAUCGGUUGUUAUUGGAGUUUUCUUCUGGGUGCUCAUCAUGUUCUUCCACAACGAGCUCGGGCUCAUAUUCUCCUCGAGCGAAGUCGUGCUUCACGCAGUGAACGAACUGUCAAUACUCCUGGCCUUCACCAUCCUACUCAACAGUGUUCAGCCAGUUCUAUCGGGGGUGGCAGUUGGAUCGGGGUGGCAAUCAUAUGUGGCCUACAUAAACUUGGGCUGCUAUUAUCUCAUUGGGGUUCCCAUGGGCUUCUUAAUGGGCUGGGCCUUCAAUCUAGGCGUCAUGGGAAUAUGGGCCGGAAUGAUUUUCGGCGGGACUGCAACUCAAACCUUGAUUCUAGCUAUCAUCACCAUUCGAUGUGAUUGGGAUAAGGAGGCGGAGAAGGCGUGCAUGCACGUGAAUAAGUGGUCAGAGAUAAAAUGACAGCAAGAUCGCCACUGACAAGAUGUUUCCUUGCUAAUGUCCACAAAUCAAAUCUAAUUUACUUAAUGAUUUUGCAGUAUAACUCAUGAACCUUCAAUCAACGCAGACCAUGUAGAAUCGUAAGCCGAGGUGGUAAUCGGGGAAACAAACAAUCGUAUCUCAUACGGGGCUGGUGCAGAUGAUAACGAAAAAUUCGGGGCAACAUCGAAAUUGGAGAAUUAGAUAGCAACCGUGUGAUAUGUAUAUUCUCUAUUGUUAUUACGAAAAAUUUCCUAUUUCUUAUUCUUGUUUCGUUGUUGCCCGAAAAGAUGAUUUCUUUGCUUCGAAUCAUAUGAAAUUGUCGGGAAUAUGUCGUGAUUGGAACUCUUCAUUUCUAUGUUAUAAAUAGUAUAAUAUACUGUUGGCUUAUGUGAUC